AUGACAAAAACUAAAAAAAUACUCCUUAUUGGAGGAACUGGUAAAGGAAAAUCCACUCUAGCUAAUGUACUGUUUAAUAGCGAAAUAUUUAAAGAGAGUGAAUUAAGUGUCAGUGAAACUAGAAAUAUUCAAAGUGAAGUCUUUGACCCAGGAUUUACUGCCGAACAGGAAGAAGCAAAAAAAAUACUCUACCAUAUAAUCGAUACUCCCGGAUUAGGUGAUACUAAGUUAUCAGAAAGAGCAAUAUUAGAUAUCAUUGAGGAAGCAGUUUAUUUAGUUCGGGAUGGUGUUAGUCAAGUUCUUUUUAUUACUGAUGGUCGCUUUGAUCAGGGUGAAAUAGACAUUUAUAAUUUGUUAAAGUUAGUUCUUUUUGAUCAAGAAAUUACUAGUCAUACUUCCAUAGUGAAGACUAGAUUUCCUAAUUUUAGAAAAAAAGAAGAAUGCGAAACUGAUACUAAUUUUAUGAUUGACGAGACAAGUGAAUUAGCAGAAAUAAUUAAGUCAUGCAAUGUCUGUCAGAAAGAUGCUUAUAACCCACAAAAUUUAAAGGAUUUAGUUAACAAGGUUUAUGAAAGAAUAGAGAAAAAAAAGAAACUGGGUGAAGCAUUAGAAAAAUUAGAUAAGCAGUUAAAAAGAGUAGAAGGAAAAGUAGAAGAUGAAAAAUUGUUACAAGUUAUAGAAGAUUUAAACAAAGAGGUAAAAAAAGAAAGUGAUUCUAUUCAUCGAACAGUAUUAGAACAUGUGCAAUCAAAAGUAAAUAGUAAUGAUUUAAAGCACAUUUCUGAAAAUACAGAAGGGAUGGAUAUUCCAAAAAAAAAAAUUACUACUGAACAAAUCGGAGAAGUUAUUGACGAAUAUCAUAAAGUCAAAAAUAUACUACUGAUUGGUCACACCGGUAGCGGAAAAUCUACAUUAGGUAAUGUUCUAAUAAAUAAAAACAACAAUUUUGAAGAAGUGUUUAAAGAAAGUGCUAAAACAUACAGCGAAACAAAAGAAAUCCAAAAAAAAGCAUUAGACAAAAUUAUUGAAGCGGUUUAUUUAACAAAAGGUGGUUUGAGUCAGAUUUUAUUUGUAGUCUGUGAUAAAUUUAAUAAAGAGAUAAUAGACAAUUAUAAUUUGCUAAGAAAAGUUAUUUUUGAUGAAAAAAUUUCUAAGUAUAUAACCAUCGUAAGGACUAAUUUUCCUAAUUUUGAAAUUCGAGAGGAGUGUGAAAGAGACAAAAAUUGGUUGCUUCAUAAGAGUGAAGAAUUAAUCGAGAUGAUCAAGGGAUGUAAUGGGAUAGUUUACAUUGAUAAUCCCCCCAUUGAUUUUGAUGGUGGUAGUAAAAGAAAAGAAAUGAAAAUUGCUAUUAACAAAAAAAAAAGAGAAUUUUCAAGACUAGUACUAAUUGAUCAUCUAAAAAACUGUCAAGAUUUUUAUAAGUUGAAAGAGUGA